ACAGUGAAUGCGGCACAGUGACGUGUUGGACGUUAGCGGGCUUGAAACGCAUCCAGCGUUCGCAACUAUCCCACUGAAGGGGCUCAGGGAUUUGGUUGUGCUGCCAAACUCACGCUCCUCUUUACAUUGAGGGUUUUGUAUUUUAAAGCAGGGUACCGGUGUGUUGUGAUGGAGCGCUGGAAGGGCAGAGUGGCUCUGGUGACGGGAGCCUCGGUCGGGAUCGGUGCGGCCAUAGCAAAGGAGCUGGUCCGACACGGUAUGAAAGUGAUGGGCUGUGCCAGGGACGUCGAAAAAAUACAGAAACUGGCAGCUGAGUGUCAAACUGCAGGCCACAGUGGUGUUUUGGUGCCUUACAAGUGUGAUCUGAGCAAUGAAGAGGAGAUUCUAUCCAUGUUCUCUGUCAUCAAAGCGCAGCACAAAGGUGUGGAUGUGUGCAUCAACAAUGCCGGCCUGGCUCAUCCAGACUCACUGUUAAAUGGCAAAACCAGUGGCUGGAGGAACAUGCUGGAUGUGAACGUUGUUGCCUUGUCAAUAUGCACACGUGAAGCGUAUCAGUCAAUGAAAGAAAGAAAUGUUGAUGAUGGCCACAUCAUACACAUAAACAGCAUGAGCGGACAUCGUGUCCCUCCUGGUUCUUCACAUUUCUACUGUGCCACCAAGUACGCUGUGACGGCCUUGACAGAGGGCCUGAGACAGGAGCUGCGAGAGGCCAACACCCACAUCAGAGCCACAUGUAUUUCUCCUGGUUUAGUAGAGACAGAAUUUGCUGCACGUCUCUUAAAAGAUGAUCCUGAAAAAGCUGCUGUUGUGUACUCUAAAUAUAAGCCUUUGCAAGCAAUCGAUGUUGCGGAUGCUGUUACAUACGUCCUAAGUGCCCCUCCCCACGUGCAGAUUGGAGACGUUCAGAUGCGACCUGUGGAGCAGUUGGUGUAGUGUUGCACCAUGUGACAGCUGAUUUAUUGCACUAAGAAAUUCUCCAUCUGACUGGUUUAUGACAUUUGUGAAUCUAAUUGCUUAAUAUGACACUGUAUUAACUUUAAAAUUGAAAGCUAUAGUACAAAAAUUAGUCAAAUAUAUCCUGCUGUUUAAAUGUUGGAGAUCAGAUAGUAGUAUGCUCUAGUCACCCUGCAGCUGAGGGGGAAUUAUGGACUUGUUCAGGGAUUAAAUGUGAACUGCAUUUGGUGUAAUAAUAUUUUUUUAGCCAUGCUACAGCAUGGCUCUGUGGAAUGGUCCACCACUUUGGUCCUCACUGAAAUAACAACUAUCAGAGGGAUUACCAUACCUUCAGAGUUCUACUGAUUUUGGCUUGACUUUUCAUGUAGGAUCAUCUUCAAACUUUGCCAAAUACUUUGGUUUACAACCAAAUAUCUGCAAAACCGAGGAAGUUUCCUCCAGACUCAGCUGUUACUUGUGGCUAAAGACUUUCUCGUGUACUAGUUGGUUUUGUUUGUCUGUUAAAGCUAAAGCUGAUAAAAAUUAAAUAUUUCAAGUUUCCAUACCCAA